UUGUGAAAGAUGGUGGAUCGCUUGGCAAACAGUGAGGCAAAUACUAGAAGAAUAAGUAUAGUGGAAAACUGCUUUGGAGCAGCUGGUCAACCUCUGACUAUUCCUGGUCGUGUUCUGAUUGGAGAGGGAGUACUAACAAAGCUGUGCAGGAAGAAGCCCAAAGCGAGGCAGUUUUUCCUGUUCAAUGACAUUCUCGUUUAUGGUAACAUUGUCAUCCAGAAGAAGAAAUACAACAAACAGCAUAUAAUCCCACUGGAAAACGUCACUAUUGAUUCCAUCCAGGAUGAGGGAGACUUGCGGAACGGGUGGCUUAUCAAGACACCAACUAAGUCUUUUGCAGUUUACGCUGCCACUGCCACAGAGAAGUCUGAGUGGAUGAACCACAUAAAUAAAUGCGUUUCCGAUUUGCUUUCCAAAAGUGGGAAGACUCCUAGCAAUGAACAUGCAGCUGUCUGGGUGCCAGACUCGGAAGCCGCUGUGUGCAUGCGCUGUCAGAAGGCAAAGUUUACGCCCGUGAACCGUCGCCAUCACUGCCGCAAGUGUGGCUUCGUGGUGUGCGGGCCUUGCUCCGAGAAGAGGUUCCUCCUCCCCAGCCAGUCUUCCAAGCCCGUACGAAUUUGCGACUUCUGCUAUGACCUUCUUUCUACUGGAGAGAUGACUGCGUGUCAGUCCACUAGGUCAGACUCCUACAGCCAGUCACCUAAGUCGUCUUUAAAUGACGUAUCUGAUGACGAUGAUGAUGAAGACAGUAGUGAUUAAGGACCAAACGUUUUUUCCAUGUGUUGCAAGUUGUGUUUCAAACCAUAUGGAGCUGCUUUUGGGGAAGUCUGUAGUGAGGUUCCUCAGAAAACCCCUGUUCUAGCCAUAAAAUAUGCCUGAAUAUCUUCAAUUGCGAUGUGCCUCAAUCUAUAAAUUCUCUAGACAAUAGUUGUUUAUUUCUCCUCUGCAGGGAUAGACUGGUGCAAAUGUUAUCAGAGUAUUUUCCAACUUGUUGUACUUGAGUUGUGUCUAGGUUAGACUUUCGUGGAAGGUUGGAGAAUAAAAUGUACUUUCUUAAUUUAACAACCCAUACUUUCUAAUGUUUCAUAUCGAUACGUUGUUAUGUGGGGUUUUUUGGACAUGGAGAGGAAGACUGUAAGCAUGCAUGGAACAGCGAUGUUUUCGUU